AUGACGACCCGCGUCCCCGCCUCAUGGGAAGAAGAAGACUGGGCGCCCCGGCAAUCCAGCACAAACACUCGGCCCAAUCCAGCCGCACCCGCCUUCUCACCGCGCAUCCUCCGCCCAGAUUCUGAGCUUUAUACCAUCAGCGGCCAGCCGCGAACCACAUACCGGCCCGAGCUAAAGAUUCUCAAGCGCACACCCGACACCCCCGAGGCCCCCGCGCCGGCCGUAACCUCGGAGGAAACAGACAAGUCACGCCGCGAGCGAGAGCGCAAGGAGAAGGAGCGACGGUACCGGGAAGCCCGGGAGCGCAUUAUGGGCGAGGCUGCCUCCUCCUCCUCUUCCCCCUCCACGCCUGCCAGCACCAACGGCAACAACAACAGCACACCUAAGCAGCAGCAGAAGCAGGGAAAACGUUCCCCCGACACAAACACAACGCCAAAGUCGAAAUCCCCCUCACAGACGCCCAACAGCAGUGGGAAGCACAGCACAAACAACAGCCGAGGUACGACGCCGGUAUCGCGGAGUCGUACGCCGAGUAGACGGCCGUCGCCGCCGCGUAAUAACGGUGCGAUUACGUCUUUCUCGCUCAAUGGCGGGGAGUUUACGGCUGCGCCGGUGGUGCCUGCAGGUGGAAGACGGUAUCUGCAGAAGGUUGAUGGAAAGCUGCUCGAGAGCCAGCUUACGGCAAGGGAUAGCCAGGAGAUCGUGGUCGAUCGUGAUCCGGAGGGCGGCGUGUAUCUGACCGAGGGCGGCCUCGACUGGGACGAUUUCUCGAGGGAGACGGUGGUACCCGUGCAGCAGCAGAGCCAACAAUGGUCUGGGUACAGCGCGGGUGCAGGCGAGUACGACUACUACAACAACGGCAAUAAUGGCCACUACGGCAAUGGCAACUAUGGAAACGGCAAUGGCAACUAUGGAAACGGCAAUGGUAACUAUGGCAAUGGAAAUGUCAAUGGUGGCUACGACUACAUUUCACAGUUCCAACCACGGCAGACCCAGAACCCGGGGAUCUACGGGGCAGCUGCGGGAGAGGGCCGCUUCGUGUACGAUAAGCCACAGACGCCUCCGGCACCGGCGCAGGAGAAGAACGUUAGGGCGCCUGGGUCAAUGCAGGCUGGUGUUGUGCAAGCUGUGAGGGAACCACGGGGUCCGGACUUGGAUGGGAGUAGGGGGUUUAAAGGACGGGGUGCGGGGCCUGCGCGGAAUAGGUACGGGCAGAGUAGGUAUACGUAG